AUGUUUGAGAGAGACAAAAUUGUGUUGUUUGAGAUAUCGACUAUUAUCGACGCCCCGAUGAAAUGGGACUGCACAAACCCGCAAGAAUUCUAUUUCAGAAGGUGUUCGUACCAUUCGGCUACUGAUAUGAACAUCCCUUUCAUUCCGAUUUCAUCGCCAUCAACAUCAAUGCCAUACCCUUCAUCAUUCCCAGACUCCUUCUUCAUCAAGCUGCAAAUCACGAAGGCAGUGACUGACUUCUGUCAACUCUCCAAACAAGUCACAACACUGCAAAUAUCACAUAACUAUAAGCCAUCAAUGGUAAUAGAAAGAUUCUUGAAAACAGUACAGAGAGUCAGAACAGACUUUGAAGUUAACAAUAAGAUCUUUUACUUGAAGACGGUCGGGUACGACGAAUACUUCUUCGACGACGUCCCAAUCGGGAAUUAUAAUUACAUUCGAGAAAUGUUGCGUCUCUCGAAGCCAAUCAAAGUGAUGUUGGUUCUUGAGGCUGGGGAUUUUGAGAAGAAGCUCGCGAUCAGACAAAAAAGCGAAGAGUUGGAGAAGAAUUGGGAGUUCGACCCAUUGCCUAUUGAGCUGCCGAAUUUGGACACCAUUCAGCCGCACUUUGUCAUCAAAAAGAAGUUUGGGAUCUUCCUUGAGUCCAUUGAAAUGUCUAACGAGGUAUUCCAGAGCAACACGAAUUAUGUCGUGUUGCUUGAAAUAUGUUUUGGUGGUGCCGUGUUGUGGACUGGACGGUCUCCUAUGGUCUGUCAUGUAUCAAACGACUCACUGAAGUACAAACAAAUUCUCUUAAAGACUUGGGUUAUGUUUGACGAGUGCCAGGUCUGCCGCAUACCAAAGGAAGCAUUACUUGUAUUCAAAAUAAUGGAAGUGGACAAGAACGCGAAGAUUAAGAGGGGCUUUUCGAACAAGGAUAACUGCCCACAAUGUCACUUACCAGCAUUCAAUACAAAAGGAAGAGGCCCGUCGUUCUUUUGUAGUUGUGGGCUUGAUUUGUCUCAAGAAGUCAUUGAGAGUGAAAGUAAUAUGAUGACGAUAAUUGGGUGGACAGACAUUUAUCUCUUUGAUUAUAGAAAGCUGAUGAUAUCAGGAAACUAUAACUUGGCUGUGAUGCUGCCGCCAGUCAUUCCAAUUGGUAUACCAGUCACCGAGUUUGGCAAUUUGAACCAAUUGAAUGGGAAGAUCUCAUUUUCUAUGCCACUUGGCCCAACAAUCAAAUUUGAUAAUAUCAAAGAGGAGGAAACUCUUCAAAACACAUUAACUGAAGACGAAAAGAAGAAGAUCAAUGUCUCAAUUUUAACGACAAAUCUCCUCAAAGAACUCACUGAAGAAGACAAAAAACUCAUUUGGAAAGGAAGGUGUUUUAUUCUCGAGGAAGAAAGUCUUCACCAACACCCAAGUUCAAUUGUUUUGUUGUGCCAAAGUGUCCCUUGGAAGGAGCCUAAAGAAGUUUCGAUAUUUGAGGAAAUCAUUAAAAAGUGGCCGAAAGUGACACACAUCAUUGCGAUGAGGCUAUUACAUUUCUCAUUUGCAAACACCUUCAUUCGACAAUACGCCGUGAGGUGUUUAAUGGAAUGCUCGGACGAACACUUGUCGACUAUUAUGAUGCAACUCAUUCAAUCACUCAAAUUCGAAGCAACGCCACUCUCAGAUCUUGCAAUUUUCUUAAUCCACAGAGCUCUGAACAAACGUUCGACAAUUGGACGUAUCUUUUUCUGGUUAAUUAAAAGUGAGUUGCACAUCCCUGAAACACAGAGACGAUUUGCUUUGUUGUUGGAGGCGUAUUUGAUGGUGUGUGGCGACCAACGUGUCUCAAUAAAGAAUCAAAUUGACUUGUGCAAGAAGUUAACAUCACUGUACACACAACAAAAUCAAAAUUGGAAGACCGACCAGAACCAAUUGAUUAGGGAGUUGGACAGCAUCAACCUCCCAAAAGUUGUUUACGUCCCGUUCAAACCGUCUCUCAAAUUCACAAAAAUCGUCUCGCUGAAGUGUAAAGUGCUCGACUCACUAAGAAAGCCAUUGUUCCUCACGUUUGAAAAUGAAGACCCUGUUGGUGACCCCAUUUACAUCAUCUUUAAAAAAGAUGACGACUUAAGACAAGACAUGUUUGCUUUGAAAGUGCUUGAAGUGAUGAAUCAGAUGUGGCAAAAUGAAGGAUAUGAUAUGAGACUCACAUGUUAUGAAUGCUUGGCUAUGGGAAAUGCAGUUGGAAUGAUCGAAGUAGUACUGCGCUCUGAAACUAUUGCUGCCAUUCAAAAGAAAAUGUAUGGAGGGAAUGUGAGUGCGGCUUUCCAAGAGGACCCACUCUUUAGGUGGCUGAAAGAGAAGAAUCCCGGGAAAGAAGAGAUGAGCAACGCACAACAAAAUUUUAUAUUUUCAUGUGCUGGAUAUUGUGUGGCAACGUAUGUACUUGGUGUUGGUGACCGACAUAACGACAACAUUCUCCUCACUCCGACAGGCCAUUUGGUUCAUAUUGACUUUGGUCACAUUCUUGGGAACGUUGAAAAGUUCAAGGGCUUCAAACGGGAGACAGCGCCGUUUGUGUUGACCAAAGAGUUUGUGUAUGUUAUGGGGGGUAAAAAUUCCGACGGGUUUAAGUUGUUUGUCAGUCUCUGUUGUGACACAUUCCUCAUCUUGAGAAAGAAUUUCCAUGGUCUGAUCAACUUAUUUACAAUGAUGCUGUCGACUGGAUUGCCAGAGUUGAGGAGAACAGACGAUAUGGAGUAUUUGUUGAACAGUUUGGUGCUUGAUCGAUCAGAAGCGGAUGCAAGAGCGUACUUUGAGAAGUUGAUCAAUGUGGCACUCGAGGCGUUGAUGACAAGAGUUAAUAAUGCGAUUCACAUUUUCGCACAUCCGGACGUCAAGGAAGAUGUGUAA